UACAAAUGAUAAAGGGCAGAUCAAAAAUACUACUGUUGGGGGAGGCGGAGCCCGGCCGGCAAGAUGGCGCUGUCCACGUUGCUACGCCGCUUUUCCCGGCUGCUGGCCCCGGCAUGGCUCCAGAGCAGCCUUUCAGCUCGGUCAAAGUUCUACGUCCGAGAGCCGCCGAACAGCAAGCCGGACUGGCUGAAAGUUGGCCUGACCUUGGGCACCACAGCCUUCCUCUGGGCCUGUCUCAUCAAACAACAUAAUGAAGAUGUUUUAGAGUAUAAAAGAAGAAUGGGUUGGAAUAAACUACUGAAAUACCAACAUAGUAUGCUCCGUAUAGUGAUUACAGCAAUACCUCUAGAUUCACCAAUCUUUUGAUUGUAAAUGAAAGAGAAAAAGUUAUAUGUGAAUGUAUAUUGUCAGCAUUUGUGUGUUGCAUCAUUAAGUGAAAAAAUAAAAAUACAUCUGUAUUCUUCAGAAAAUGCAUAUUGUGAUAAAAAAAAAAUAUAUAUAUAUAUAUAUAUAACUAGCAGAAAAUGUUCAUUCUAAGGUAUAGCAUUGAAAGUAUUUCCAUAUGAAAGGUACAUUGUGUUAAAUGUGCAAGUUGAAAAAUUUAAUCAAUAAACAGAAUUUCAGUGUAAAAAAAAAAUAUUACUGUGACAGGUGCGAUGUCUGAUAGUGUGUGUCAACUUGGCUGGGCCAUGAUUUGCAGUAUUUACAUGUGAUCACUCCCAGGAGAGAAUCUGCUGUGAGUAGCCAAUCAGUCGAAAGGAAGUUUCCUUGGGGGUGUGGCCUGCAUCCAAAUAUAAGCAGAUGUCUGGCUUUUUGCUCACUCUGGAUCCUGCGGCUGCCUCCUGUUCGUCUGACCUUCAGCUCUUGGGACUUGAGCUAUCAGCUUAUCUGCAGAUCUUGGGAUUCGUGGAUCUUCACAGCCUGAGAGCAGGAGCCCUGCUCUCCAACCAACCAAUCUUGGGUUCACCAGCCCCUGCGGCUACAUGAAUCAAGAGAACCUUCUAUCUUGAUCCAUGGACUUGGUAUGUUCCAGCCUCUACAAUCACAUGAGCCAUUUCCCUAAUACAAAUCUAACUCUAUAUAUAUUUAUAUACUUUACUGCUUUUGCUUCUCUAGAGAAUCCAACCUAAGACAACAGGCUAUGUAUCUACCACAAAGUAGGAGAUACUCCAACAUAUGGCAAAAAAAGAAACG